UAUGUUAUCCAGCGAUUCAAUAGUUUCUGCUUACUAGAAGUAUACUGUAGAACACAUAGAGAAAGUUUUAAAUUUUGUUUUCCAGCACAUACUACGGAUCUACGGAUUACUUCGACAUGUCAAGCAUCCCUGGCUCCCCGGUACAACCGAGUCCAAUCGUCAAUCGAACAUUGGAACUGAAUUUGAACAAGAAACGGGCGAGAGAAUGUCUUAGAUGGGGCACGGUUAACAUACUGCUGCUAUCGGUGCUGUUGUUCGACAUCUCCAACAAAUGCCCGUAUUCUUUUUCGAACUGGUACUAUAUUGAGUACGUCGCAGCCACCAUACUUGCCAGCAGCAUGGUGUAUUACUAUUGGUGCUAUUUUUACUAUCUGUUCAGCGCGGAACCUAUUCGAGGUACCGAGCAGCAGCGAAGAAUAUUAAAGUUUGAUACGAACGAUGCUUCAUUCAUAACGACACCACUACAAGCCAAAAAAUCAGAAAGCACCGAUGUUACUCCAAUGAGCGUUACAACCGCUUUGCUACGCUCCUUUAACGAUUCGAGUCUUACUAUUACAUCCCCGGGAUGGGUGUUCAAUCGAGGGAACUCUCCGAUGGAUGUGGCACGACCCAUUCACCCAUAUGAUCACAACUGUUCCUAUGAAGCUUCGCCAAACGUUAGCACUGGUUCGGUGAAAUUUUCACCUGCCCUUCGAAAGCUGGGCUAUCCGGGAGACUUGAUAAUGGAUGAAAAAUAUCUAGAUAACGUCAUGAAUGAGGCAUCUAUGGAUAAAGGAAAUCGCUCUUUCAAGGAGCAAAUAAAUACUUCUGAUGGCUCUAUGAAUUCUUCUUUUGGGCGGUAUCGUUUUAACGAUAUGUCUCAACUUCUUAAAACUUCCCUAUAUCAGCUUUCGUCUUCCGUGACGCCGAGUAAACAGCUGACGAAGGAACUAGAAUCAGGCCCUUAUAACGCCUUUAUAGAUGGUAGCCCGGAAGGGUUGAAAAAAGUAUCCACAACCCAACUUUCUAACUACGUUGGUAACCUGCGAAUGUGGGUUUCGCUCACGGUACUCCAACGCAUCGAAGAGGAAAUCAGCAUAGCCGAUCAGGCCUUCAAGAGUCGUGGAUUCGCCGACAUUCAAAUAGGAAGCAUCGGAUUAGAACGGUUGAAGAAAACGGCUGAAAAUCAACAGCUUGUUUCAUUGUACAUUCCGAGGUUGCCAUUGAUGAUUCCAUUUCUGGAAAUGUCCACAAACCAGGAGUAUCUAGUGCAGCGUAUUAAAGAUCUUGCCAAAGGUAGCUGCAUCGCCGACUAUCGCUGGAAUUCGGGUUCGUCCUACAAAGGACUUAGUUGGGAUGAGCACCUGCCGACGGAUUCCGCAAUAAUUUUUCACCUAUUUUGCACGUAUCUGGACAGUCAGUUGCGUCCUUUACCUCAGCCUGGAGGUCGCCCUUUCUACAAUCGUUACGUUGUGGUUGGUGAGAAGAAAACAACAAAGGAAACGCUCGCCGAGGUGAAGAACAAAAACAAGGCAAAAUGUGCGAUUCUCUAUUCGAAUCCACUAAAGCCAAAAUUCAAUUUUGUUUCGGAUGAUAAAAUCCAUAGUUGUGCCUACGAUCGGAAUAAUCUAUUUUACGUCAUCAUUCAGUUUUUGAUGUACAUGAAAACUCAUCACGAAAGUUCUCUGGAGGGAAUAAACUUGGGCAGAAGCGGCAUAAACAUUCUUUGCUGUAUCGAAGACUAGACAUAGUGCCAUUGACAGACAUUGGUAGUAAAGACAUGUGUUAAAAACAAUUUAUUUACGAUUUUAUAAAAAAAAAACAGUAUA